GCCCAAAUUCACAGUUUUAAUCGAACCACUAUCAAAACCGUUCUCCAAGUGGACGUUUUCAGAAACAUGUCAACUCUUUAAUCUCACCAAUGAUCCGAGUCCAGGAAUUAAUGUAUACCCUAUUUUUUUAUGUGGGUGUAUUGAUUUAAAGGAUGAAACAUCCCAAAUAAUGGUUCAACAUCUUAUGGCUGAGCUGAAACUCCGCAAAGAAACUACGGCCCUAACGUUUGCGUUUGAAGCCACCAAAUCUAUCUAUUCUUAUAGUUAUUUGGCAGCCGGUGUGUCAUUUCAUAAAAAUAACUUCAAGAUUGUACCUGAAAAACCUAUUGCAGGUCGAAAUGGACAUGGUAAUUUAGACUAUGCCAUUGAAUGCUGCUCAACCGGAAGGGUUAUAGGAUUGGUUGAAGUAAAGGCAGAAAACCUUAAAAAGGGGUUAGCGCAAGCAACUAUACAAAUGGAGUCAACGAUCACAGGCCGCGGAAAUGAAAUGCAAAAGAUUGAUAGAGUGUUUGGCAUCGUUACAGAUGCAUCUGUAUGGUAUUUUAUGGAAUGUUCUUGUAAUGAAGAGCAAACCCUGACAUUUAGGUUAUCCGAAUCAGUAAAUGUCGUGUAUAAUGGCGAGAACAUGCAAGCGCAAGUAGAGAAAGUACUUGGCCACAUUUUAUGGCUUUUAGAAGAAAUACAGAAACAAUAA